CUUUUUCCCGCGGCCUCACAUGAAUAAUUUCACGUUAGCUCGCGCUCGGAUGAAGAAUCUCGCUGUGCCCCCUCUGCUGUUCACGGCCGGAGUUGCAGCUGCUGCAGCCGCGCUGUUUUACUGGAUUCACCGGGGCGAUGGGAAGAGAAGAGCGGAGGAAGGAGUCGGUGUCAGCCUGUCCCCCCGCGCCGUCUCUGAGGAUUCUAUGGGCGCUUCUGAGGAGGUGAAGAAGAAGAAUAACGAGGUGGACAGCGAGAAGUCCAACCUGGAGAGGAAAGUGAGCGAGAUGGAGAAACUGCUCAGCGAGGCACAAAGAGAGUGCGAUAUUAAAACCGAGGCGUAUCAGCAGGAACGAGAAGCUCACAGCAUCCUGAUGUCCCGGUAUGAACAGCUGAGGCAAGCUCUUCACCAUGUUGACCAGGUUCUACAUGAAUGUGAGCAAGAGUCCAAGGAUCAUAUUGUUCUUGAAGAGCAUUUCCAUCAGAUGAAGGACACAUUAGCCCACAAGGAAGAGUUACUACAGAACCUCCAGGUCUCCCUGAACGAAGCUGAGAGAAAGUACGAGCAAGUGAUAGAGUCUCAUGCUGAGAUGAAGAAUGAGGUCUGCAAACUGGAAUUGGACAUGGAGUUGCUGCAGCAUUUAGCUCAGGAAAAAAAGGACAACCUCAAUAAGAUUAUAAUGAAUUCGAAGAAGGACCAGUAUUUUCUGUGUAUCAUGAAAUCGAGGUAUAAAUGGAUGAAACAAAAGUUACGCAGAGAAUUUAUUCAUAAAAAUGAUCAAUACAAAAUGCUCAGGCUACAGCACAAGCGAACACUAGUCAGCUUAAAAAAACACAAGCUGUUAUUGAAGAACGUUCAGGUGGCUCAGGCCCAAACUGAACUUAAAUGCGGUAUGUUGAUGGAGACGAACGCGGAGCUACGCAGAGAGAACUCCGACCUGAUAUCCGACUCGAACGUCCUGCAAGACCACGUGCACGAGUUGGAGCAAAGGCUCAUGGAGAUCCAGUGCAAGAAUGUGAACUUAACGGAGGAUUGUAAACAAGCAGAGAAGGAUUACGGCAUCCUGCAUUCUUUCUACGAAGAGGCGUUAAACCAGGUCAACCAGGAGGAGAAAUACGAGGUGCUGCUGUCACAAGUAGCCACGCUGCAGGACUCGGUGCAGAAACUGGAGGCAGCGCUCCAAGAGGCAUGCAUGGAAAUAAAGAAGAUACGGAAGGAGAAGGCGCUAGAUCAGGAGCUGACCAACACAUGAGGGAAGCUGGAACAAUGUGUGAGAUGUUACUAAAAAAAGUGCAAGCAAAUGGACCGGGGCGGAGCCAGACGUGGUCUAUUUCAGUGUCCGGAGAAUAAAUUGGGCUUCGAAAAACACCAAAACAACUUUAACACCAAGACAACAGAGUCUGUCACCACUGGCAAGAGCAUCUUACAAGGUGGGAGACGAGUACAUCCUGGCAGCAUUCCAACGUAUCGAAUGAAAAUUUAAAUGCGUUGUGCUGAUUUUAAUAUUUUAAAAAAAAUGUCGUAGCGCUAUUGUCAUCGUAAGAUCAAAAAGUCGAAACCAUCUGUACUGUGAAACCCACUGAUGAAUUCUCCAUUAACUCUCACCUAGUCUUCUAAUCUGGGCAGAUUUUGGAUAUUCAGGGUCAUGUGUUUGACCUUCAUGUGUCUAAAGGUGUUGCAGAUGAGAUUAAAACAGAGAUCUGAUAACCUGAAGAGCAGCUGUGUUAUUACCUGCUUUCUACUGCACCACCUGCGA